AUGUCUAUCCGCGUCCUGAUCAAAGAUUACCCACACCGCGCAAUCGCCCUUGCCACAUCGACGCACGCACUCGUCCUCCGACAUAGCUCAUCGACCACCGAGCAGAAUGGCAAUCCCAAUGCCUCAUCGACGUCGCUGGGGAGCAAUGGCGCCGGUGUCGCGCGCUGUAUGGUCGAGUUCACCAGGCUGGAGGAAAUCGAGCUAGAUGAUUACCGGGCGCUACACUCAGUCCAAGUACACGGCACAUUGGGCUUGAUUACUGUGAAUAGUGAUGUCUUCCUAGUCGUCGUCAAUGGCGCGAGCAAGGUGGCCACGGUACGGCCUGGCGAGACGGUGCAGAGGAUACACUCAGUCGGCUUCUACUGCUUAACCAGCACGAGCUACGACACCCUGCUCAACGACGAAGUCAACCCCUACCCUACCGACACCAUCGACGAUGAAGGAUAUGAAAUGGGCUUUGGUGGUAGGAAAGAGCAAUCGCCCAUGGAACACCCGUGCCUGGCGCUCAAGAAGAUCCUCAGUAGUGGAACCUUUUACUACAGCUCAGACUUCGACCUCACCCGACGACUACAAGACCGUACGACCGAUGCCGCGACCGUUUCGAUCGAUAGCCUAGAUGCUGGCUUUCUAUGGAACUCAUACAUGAUCCAGCCACUGGUAGACUUCAGAAGUCGCCUUGCGCUUAGAGAGAAGGAGGCUCUGGAUGCUUCGGGGAUUCUGACAUCUGCAAUUCGGGGUUUCGCCCUUACCAUCACUAUCCCCAAAUCUUCCGCCCCUAUCAGAGUUCAAGACUCGGGAAUGCCAUCUUCCAUGACGCUGAUCUCAAGAUUAUCGUGCAAGAGGGCAGGGACAAGGUUCAACUCGCGAGGUAUCGACGAUGAUGGGAACGUCGCAAACUUUGUCGAAAGCGAGACAAUCUAUUGGGCGCCCUCCGGAGCCUGUUUCUCAUACGUGCAGGUGCGAGGAAGUGUACCCAUCUUUUGGGAACAGCAGGCUGGUCUGCUUCCAGGACAGCAAAAGAUCACCAUCACUCGGUCACCAGAAGCCACGCAACCCGCCUUCGAUAAGCACUUUGACAACCUGGAGCUGAGCUACGGCACAGUUCAUGUCGUCAAUCUCCUAAGCAACGAGAAACAGAACGAGCUAGAGUUGACGCAUAGAUAUCGCGGUCAUGUCAGAAACAGCCCGCUAAAUCAAGGGAGCGACCUCAAUGAUCGCCAGCACGAUCUCAUCAAGCUGACGGAAUAUGACUUCCAUGCCGAAACGCGGGGGCCAGGUGGCUAUGAGAUGGCUAGCAUGAUUGCUCAGUGGAUCCAAGAUUCUGCCGAAGGAUUUGGGUACUAUCUUUCUAAGGAGGUGGAUGAGGUUGCUAGGCACAAUGGAGAAAACUACGCUGUACGCCGGACAAUGAGCAUAUUACAACAGGAGGGUGUCUUCAGAACAAACUGCCUGGAUUGCCUUGAUCGAACGAAUCUUGUCCAAACCAUUAUCAGCAAGAUGGCCCUGGAGAUCUUCCUGAGUCACAAGGGCCUUCGAGCCAGUCAGGACUUCUGGGUCAGACAUUCAAGUAUGUGGGCAGACUGCGGCGAUGCUCUUUCGAAGAUCUACGCGGGUACUGGAGCGCUGAAGUCCUCAUUUACGCGAUCUGGGAAGAUGUCGCUUGCUGGCGCUCUGGCAGACGCUCGUAAGAGCGCCACUCGAAUGUACAUAAACAACUUUGCGGAUAAAGGGCGACAGAACACGAUCGAUAUGCUCCUAGGAAGAUUGAUUGGCCAGGUUCCAGUGCAUCUAUACGAUCCACUUAACGACUAUGUGGUCGCGGAGCUUACGCGAAGAUCUGCAGAGUACUCAGAGACCGAGAUGAUCAAUAUUCUGGUCGGUACCUUCAAUUUGAACGGAAAGACAAGUGGCAUCAAGAGCGAUCUUUCACCAUGGCUAUGUCCGGACGUCGACCCGUCACAACAAUGCCCCGAGAUAGUGGCUGUAGGGUUUCAAGAGAUUGUCGAAUUAAGCCCUCAACAAAUCAUGUCGACAGACCCGGACAGACGCGAAGCUUGGGAAGAAGCCGUCAGAGCGUGUUUAAACAACAACGCUGAGAAACACAGGAAGGAUGAGUACGUCAUCCUUAGAGGUGGUCAGUUGGUGGGAGCGAGUUUGUCGGUCUUCGUCAGGUCAGACUGCCUCAAGCACAUCAAGAAUGUUGAAGGCGCUUUAAAGAAGACUGGCAUGUCAGGUAUGGCCGGCAACAAAGGAGCUGUAGCUAUUCGAUUCGAGUACGCCAACACUUCGAUCUGCCUGGUCACAGCACAUCUUGCAGCUGGAUUUGCCAACUACGAAGAACGUAAUCGUGAUUACAAAACCAUCAGCCAUGGUCUACGCUUCCAGAGAAACCGAUCAAUCGAAGACCAUGACACAGUAAUAUGGCUCGGCGACUUCAACUACCGAAUAGGUCUGAACAAUGAAAAGGUUCAACGGCUAUGCCAUGUCGGUGAUCUGGAGACCUUGUACGACAACGAUCAGCUCAAUCUCCAGAUGGUUGCCGGUUUGACCUUCCCAUACUAUUCCGAGGCUCGUAUAACUUUCCCUCCGACGUACAAGUAUGAUCUUAAUAGUAAUCAAUACGAUACGUCGGAGAAAGCACGUAUUCCCGCUUGGUGCGACCGUGUACUUCGCAAGGGUGACAACAUCCGACAAAUACACUACAACGAUGCACCACUUCGCUUCUCCGACCACCGACCAGUUUAUGCAACCUUUCAGUUAUUGGUGCAGCGGGUCGAUGAAAAGAAGAGAGAUGCUGUGAAGGCGGCUUUGUACAGACAAAGAAGAGAAGUUGUGGGUGAUACUCAUGCAGCAGGGCGUUUGGGCGAAGAUGAAACAGAUGAUGAAGACUUGCUUGGAUACGAUAGCAUUGAGCCAGGGCUGCCACCUGCGAGCUCAGAUCGGAGGAAAUGGUGGCUUGACAACGGUUUACCGGCGAAAGCACGCGUAGAACCGCCAUCUAACAACCACUCUCCGAACCCGAACCGACCCAGCAACCCAUUCACGCCCAGUCCAGAACCAGAAUGGGUAGACGUCAAGCACCUGCCGAGCAGUCGCAGACCAGAGCCUCCGCCAGCGCGCGGCUCACAAAGAUCACGCACAGUCGACAUCGACGGCCCCUCCACAAGCUUGCCACUAACGCAGAAACCAGCGGCCCGCAAGAUGAUUGCUCCAUUAUAUCCGGGACAUGCCAAUCAAAUUCUCAGUUCAGAUGGUGCGCGGGACUCGCUCAACGACCUCCGACGCAGCGGCUCAAGCGCUUCCACGCACUCCAUGCCCAGCUUACCGUACCGCGCAUCAAACACGCUCCCCUCAACUCAAUCCUCCAACAAACCACAGGUACUCCGCAAACUAGCCCCACCACCAAUCCCUAACAAGAAACCCUCUCUCCUCUGUAAAGAUUCCUCACCAGGCCCAUCCUACGCCCCUCCUCCCCAAAGAUACCGGGAUGAUCCUCCAGAAGAAGAAUCAAGAGGAUAUCCCCCAACGCAAGCUAGGCGGUCAAUGGCACCGCCUCCGAAUCUGACAAGGAAACCAGUGCAGAAUCUCAUCGAUGAUGAUUUUGAGAAACCGGCUUUGCCGCCACGCACAGGGACUGGUGGGAGUAGUAGGAGUGGUGGUCGGGGAGGGCGGAGUUUGAUGGAUGAUGAGCCAGAGGACAUGCGCAACAUGGGUGGUGAUUGGGAAGUGCUUAGGCCUGCGCGUAGAUAG